CAUAACGAAGGAUACUUGGCACCAGUUUGUUGCUGAUAGGCUUUCAGCUACCUUCCAGGAAAUACGUGAAGCCCAAAUUGCAAAGCGAAAGGAGAAUAAAUAUCCUCAUCGUAUGUCACGCAAAGGUUAUGCAAAUUUAAUGGAAGAACUGUCUGAAAGUGUCCCUUUACAAGAACUUGAUAGAGCUACAAUGUGGAUCAAGGCUCUGCAAGAUAGGAAUGGCAACUUCAAACAACCUGAGGUAGAGAAGAAAGCCGAAAAAAUUGAACAUUUAAGGAAAAGGGAGGCUGAAGGGGAAAUUGCCACAUCUGGGUCUGAUGAUGUGCUCACUCUUGCAUUGGGGAAUCCGGAGCAUAGAGGUAGGGUUAGAGGUGUUGGUGGCAAUGUCAAGCCCGAUUUAUAUUUCAACUUGCCAAAACGGCAAAAGAUGACUUUUGAACAGAGGACUAGGUUAUCGCUGAAGAAGAUACUAGAGGAGGAGAAUGAAGUUUUGAUUGCGAAGCUAGAAGCGAAGGUCUAUGGGAAAGAGCUGCCUGUUGAGUCCCCCAAACCUGUCACAGCAGUUAAUGAGCUUGGUUCAGGACAAGGGAGUUGUUCUCGCCAUGGGGAGAAGGCUGCACAUGAUAAUAUUGAAGCUGAGGUGAAGGGUGUGAAGAAGAAGUUGGUUUUAAGAGAUGAAGUGAGCAUCGAGGUUGAAGAGGAAAUUGUGCAGCCCAGUGAUGAGAGGGUACGGUUAGACCCGAUAUUAGAAGAGGAGGUUAGAGAAGAUGUCAUUGUACUAGAGGCACCAGUACAUGGUGAAGAGGAACAAUUAGGUGAGACCAAGUAUAAACUGGCCAUUGACACGGUGGAAAACAUUGUGGCUAUUGGAACUGUCAUCAGUGUCGACCUUGAGACCAAACAGCAAACAAUCCAUGGUGUUCCACUUGGAGAGGAGAAUUUGCGUGUCUCUAUCACAGAAACUGUUGUUCCUGAAGCUUUGCUGCCAUUUCCCAUAAAAGAUGAGAUAGUGAAGGUCAAGGAUGCCAUUGGGACUUGUGUCGCUUGGCCGAGGAACCUUGUUAUUGCCCCUGCACCUGGUGGGAAGAAAAAACCAAAGCGUAAAAUUCCUAAUAGGCCACAGAAAGAUAUGUUUGAUGAUAAGGAAGACUUGCAAAUCCUGCCAUCGAAUCUCCCUGCACCUUUAAAGGACUUAUGCAUUUGGGCAAACAUUGGAUUGCGGAAUGGGGCAACCAUCCACGCCACUUUUGGACCAGAACUUUUUGGUCAUCCACAUAAAGCCUUUGUCUUUAGAAAGGACAUCUAUGCUAUGACACACUUAUUGGAAAUUUCAGGCAGCUGCAUUGUUUUUUACAUGAGCUACCUUCAAGGUGUGUUGAAGAAGGCUAAGAUGAAUGACAUGGUCGCUUUUGUCGACCCUGCUCACACGGGUGCAAGUGGUUGUGGAAAUCCAACCGAACGAGCUCGCUUAGUAUCAAAUCGGUUCAUAAAUGGGAAGUCUGGGCAAAUUUAUUUGGUCUCAUAUAAUUCAGGUGGUCAUUGGACAUUGUCUGCUGUGAAUCCAGCUGAAGAAACCAUUCACUUCAUGGAUCCGUUAAAGAGGCGACUCAUCGCUGGUGAAUGGAAAACAAUUCUGGACAACUCCAUUAAAAUCUACAAUGCACACAAGAAUAAGAAAGGGAAGAAAACCAUUCAAUGGAAAAAUCUUGCUGGCAUUCCGGAGCAGAAAGAUAGUAAGACUUGUGGGUAUUGGAUCAUGCGCUACAUGAAGGAGAUAGUGGAAGAUAAGAAUUUGGAGUUUGCAGCUAAAUGGGAAAGAAGGACAAAUCUGGUUUACACAGAAAAGGACAUUGAUCAAGUUCGGGCAGAAUGGGCGAAGCAUGUUAUCAUGUUUCCAGAUAUGUAGUGUGCGUGCUA